AUGUCUAAACCCCAUGCGUAUUACUUCAUUCCUCGCAAGCCGGUAUCAGAUCAAGAGGAGAAUCUCAACCUCCGCCAAGCCCUGACUCGUUCUGGGUCUUGGUCAUGGCGCGGAUGGAGCCCGGGGCUCCCUUCGUUCUCAGAGUAUGAGCAGACGGCGCACAAUUUCCCUUGGCUCCAGCAUUCUAAUACUUCUCGCUCCCGCGGGAACCUGGACGUGGGACAGCCGGAUGUUAAUCUGGAGAAUCCAGAUCAUACAGACCACUGUCUUUUACUUCCCCAGCGCGAUUUGCAAACCGGCUCCGUCAUGAUACCUCCUCCAGAGAAACCCCUGCCUGAGCAAGGGAGCCAAUCUGACGAUCCCGAAGACCCAGAAAUGGUAACAUGGUCUGGGCCCUCGGACCCAACGAACCCGAAGAACUGGCCAAAGCACAAGAAGUGGACCGCGACCAUCCUGGUCUCAUGCUUUACUUUCAUAUCCCCCGUAUCUUCAACAAUGUUAGCUCCAGCUCUGGAUACGCUUGCCCAUGAGUUCAACGUUAGGUCCGACAUUGAGACCUACCUCUUGAUGUCCAUCUUCCUUCUCGCUUAUGCAGUGGGACCUUUUGUUUUGGCCCCCUUGUCUGAGAUGUAUGGUCGAGUUGUUGUGCUACAGUCGGCCAACAUGUUUUAUCUCAUCUUCAACACUGUCUGCGGGUUUUCGGCGUCUAAGGAGCAAAUGCUUGCGUUUCGGUUCCUGAGUGGUUUGGGAGGAAGUGCUCCUCAAGCUCUUGGCGGUGGUGUGUUGAGCGAUUGUUGGAGAGCUGAAGAAAGGGGGACAGCAACUGCGAUAUAUAGUAUCGCCCCCUUUCUAGGUCCCGCCGUCGGACCGAUAGCUGCUGGCUAUCUCACACAGUAUUUGUCAUGGCGUUGGAUAUUCUGGACGGUGUCAAUCGCAGACGCUCUCGUCCAAGUUCUCGCGUUUCUCUUUCUUUCCGAGACAUAUGCGCCCACGAUCCUGGCUGUAAAGGCCAGAAAGCUUCGCAAGGCGACUGGCAACAGCAACCUUCACACCGAGUACGACAGACCCGACAGAACUUUUGGUCAGACGCUGCGAAAGAACUUGGUAAGACCUUUCAGGCUGCUAUUCACGCAGCCUGCGCUACAAAUCACGGCACUCUACAGAGCCUACUUGUAUGGUCUGAUGUACCUCGUUCUCGCUUCUUUCCCGUUUGUCUGGAGCAAACAAUAUGGCCAAGAACCAGGGCCGGCAAGUUUGAAUUACAUUUCCCUAGGGGUAGGAUUUGUCAUUGGACUUCAGAUAUCAGGGCCUCUCAUCGAUAAGGUGUACCGUACACUGAAGGCACGCAACAACGACACGGGUGCUCCCGAGUUCAGGAUUCCUCUAAUGUUCCCCACGGCCAUCGUCACGCCCAUCGGUCUUCUGCUCUACGGCAUAACAGCACACUUCAAGAUCCACUGGAUCGUCCCCAACAUCGGCGCUGGCAUCUUGGCCGCGGGCCUCAUCCUGUCUUUCCAAUGCAUGCAGACGUACGUCAUCGACUCUUACGAGCGGUAUGCAGCCAGCGCGGCUGGCGCAGCAGCGUUCGUGCGGACGAUGGCCGGCUUCAGCUUCCCGCUUUUCGCACCGCGGCUGUACGACGCGUUGGGGAUCGCGUGGGGAAACGUCCUUCUGGCUGGUAUUGUCCUUGUCAUGGGCGUGGCUGUACCGGCUGUGAUGUGGAGAUGGGGUGCUUGGUUGAGGAGCAAGAGCCAGUACUGUGCUGGCUAA